AUGGAGGAUGCGCGGCAUCACAGGCCGCCUCCGCCGGCGAUUCCACCGUCGCCAACUUUAUCAAACCCGGAUAUGAUCCUGCCGUUUGAAGACGAGCGCGAAUCUUCCACACCUUCUCCGCCAUUCAACCUACCUUCCCUAUCCCAUCUCCAAUCGUUCUACAACAACCGACCUUUUCCCCAAGAUUACAAUGGAAAUGGCGCUCCCAUGGCUUCUCACCGAUCCCAGAAAAAGCCUUUUCCGCGUCACACGUGGCAACAUGACGCUCUUGAUGCGAGCCGUCGCCUGUCUGACAUCGGGGAGGAGGAUAUGUCGUCAACUUCGUCAGUAAGCGGUUUUGGACCGAGCCUGGAAGUCACGCAUAACCGCCGACUGGCCGGGUCACCAGCCUCGCAGCGCACGGUAGAGGACACGGAGGCCAAGGAAACAGGAGGGCGCAGUAGCUCGUCUAGUUCUACAAUUAGUGGCGCUAGUGAGACUUCUUCAUCGGAGGAGGCCAAAAAUCGCCAGAGUGGACAGAGAUCUUCGCAAGAGGAUCGUGCCCUAGACCAAGAGCAGUUAAUUGAAGCUGUUCGCAUCAUGAAGGAGAAUGCCAUUGGCAGAGUAGUAGCGAAUACGGAGGAAGGAGGCCCUGGUGAUGAACUAUCCUCGGUGAUUCUGAGCAGCGAAGCUGAAAGGAUUCUGGAGAAUGCAAAGAAACGGCUCACGCUCAUGGAAGGUAACUUGACUCGGGCUCGAUCCUCGAUGCGGACAUCGCCAUCACUUUCGGUGUCGCCAACGCCGUCCCCUGGCACCCAAGCGAUAGGGCUGGGUCAACCAGUUGGCGGCUUGUAUCAAUCGAUCUCCCGUGCGGAUCGCAGAGCAUCGACUCGUCCUCGUGCAACAUAUACCUCAUCCCAGGACACUGGUAACAAUCGUCAUUCCCGGGUGUAUAGCGAAACACGUUUGCCAUCAGCAGACCAAUCAAGUCUCCCAACUGUCGAACCAGACCUGUCCAGGUCUCUCAGUGCUCUAGGAUCGAGCAGUGUCUCCAACUUCAACAAUGAUGGGCGAACAUUCCGUUAUGAUCCAAACAGGGCGUAUCUUACGCACCGUGCGUCUGUGUCGAAGCCACACUCCGCUCGUGCUUCUCCCUCGAACUUGCAGGAAGACAACUCGGGUUCACCUAGUGGGCUGGGUAUCUCAGCGGAAGAUACAGAGGAUCAAACCUUAGGUGCAGAGGAUAUCCAUUCAGUCUACCCUGUGUCUGAUCCUCCAUCUCGGUCACAGUCGCAGCUGCAAGUGAGAGAUCUCCAAGAUCAGAUGAAGGGUCUGCAUAUCAAGAUCUCCAGUCUGAAAGUGAAAGCACAGGAAGACAAUCUACGCCGACGUAGCUUACAGAGUCUGCGGACCCCCAGUCCUUUCACGGCAGCAGAUCAGUACUUCACCAAUACAAUGGAGCUGAGAGAUAGCCAUCUGCGCCCCGGUGCGGGACGGAGUCCGGACUACACUCAAGAGCCCCGUCACAGUGGAGAAUACGAACACGCACGAGACGGCAACGAGGCUGUCACUGGCCAUUACGGAAGCGAGACAUCUGAUGCUAAUGUACAACCCCCGCAACCAAAGGUUCUCGAACCCGUGGACGAAGAUGGGCAAUCGGUCAUUGAGAGCUUGUACGAAGAUGCAGAGGAAGGGGAAUACAAUUCCGACGACUCAUCUGACAUUGAUCGUGAGGCCCUGAGUGAGAUAUUGCGCGAGCCUCUGGAGGACUUUGACGAGCUGGACGCAUUUCCCGCGGUCCCAAAUUCUGACUCUCGACCCCAUGAAGAACGUGAAGAUGCAUUUGACUACGAAAAUUUCAUCCUACACAGCGCCCUGGGCAAUUAUUCAGCCAGGUUAAGGAGAACAAGUAAUGUCUCAACUUCAUCUGUCGAAACAACGCGGCCUAUCCAUGAUCGUUCUCAUGUCCGUCACUCUCGCACGAACAGCGGGGCAUCCCUGUCAACCGUAGCAUCGUACGCGACUGCGACUGAAGGAGACCACGACGACCUUGAAAGCGUCCUCUAUUGGGACAGGAGAUUUAAUGAUGAAUUACGUAGUAAUCAGCGUUAUACUUCUGAACCUGCUGCUGAGAAGCGGCACUCAACUGGCUCCGAGUCAGAGAUGGGAACGCCUCGCGCGGUCCGAAGACAGCCGAACAGCAGGAGCAAUGAGGAUGAAUAUCUCUCGACUCCCCGACAAUCUAUGACUGGGUCUGCAACUCCGACAUCUCUGGUGUCCUCCCUCGUAUCCACUGUGCGAGCGGCGUCCAGUCCCCAUCCGAAGUCCAUGGCUAAUGGCAACAUGGGAAUCAACGAGGACGACACGCGCCUCUUAGAACAGUUGUUCAAGAGUUUGGGCGAUGUUUGCAUAGAUCUUCAGACCAUUACGACCUCCUCCGACCCAGACCCCAAGCGCGUACGUCAACUGAGACGGCGAUUGGAUGCUGCUCGACGUGUACUUGAUGGAGAGCUCGAUACGUAG